AUGAAUGUUAUUCAAUUGACAAAGAAAUAUCCUCAGUUCUCACAACAAGACAUAUUUGACCUUAUUGCGCAAUUCAAUAAAGUUGAUUUGGAAGGUGUAGGCUCUAUUGAACAAAAAGAUGCACUUAAAGCAGUACAAGAUAUGGGAGAACGUGCCUCGUAUGAUGAAAUACGGGCUACACUAAAAGAAGUCGAUUUGAGUUCUACAGGAAAAGUAGAAAUAGAAGAGUUUGUCGAGUUAAUUUCAAAACUUCGGGAAGGAAGGCAUAAAUCAGCGUUUGCUGUCAAUAAAAACAAAAUUACUGUGCACGGAUCAAGUACAAACGUCUCGCACACCAUUAACGACGACGAAAGGACAGAAUUCACACGACACAUUAACCAAGCUCUUGCUCAUGAUCCGAAUCUAGCGGAUAAAAUUCCAAUUCCCACACAUACCAUGCAAAUUUUUGAUGAAUGCAAAGACGGUUUAAUCUUGGCCAAACUCAUCAAUGAUUCUGUUCCGGAUACAAUCGAUGAGCGUGUACUUAACCUACCAGUUCGUGGUAAAAAAGUCAACAAAUUUCAAAUGACCGAGAAUAACAACCUCGUGAUUUUCUCUGCAAAAGGAAUUGGGUGUAGUGUGGUCAAUAUUGGAUCUCAGGAUUUAAUUGAGGGUCGAGAACAUUUGAUUCUUGGACUUAUUUGGCAAAUUAUAAAGAUUGGAUUAUUGAACAAGAUUGAUAUUAAAUUACAUCCGGAAUUGUAUCGUUUAUUGGAAGAGGAUGAAACGCUUGAGCAGUUUUUAAAAUUGCCACCUGAUCAGAUAUUGCUUCGUUGGUUUAAUUAUCACCUGAAAGCUGCUAAAUGGCAACGCCGAGUUGGUAACUUUAGUAAAGACGUGUGCGAUGGUGAAAACUACACAGUCUUACUUAAUCAACUCGCCCCCGAACUUUGUUCACGCGAUCCAUUAAGAGAACAAAAUUUAUUGGAACGUGCCGAAAAGGUUCUUCAAAAUGCAGAGAAAUUAGAAUGUCGAAAAUAUCUUACACCAAAAGCACUUGUUGCUGGCAAUCCUAAAUUAAACUUGGCAUUCGUUGCCCACUUAUUCAACACUCAUCCUGGUCUUGCGCCUCUUGAAGAAGAAGAAAAGGCUGAAAUUGAAGAAUUUGACGAUAGCGAUGAUCGAGAAGCAAGAGUCUUUGCUUUAUGGUUAAAUAGCUUAGACGUUGACCCAGGUGUUAAUAAUUUAUAUGAAGAUGUUCAAGAUGGACUCGUUUUACUCCAAGCAUUCGAUAAAAUACGUCCAGGAGUCGUAGACUGGAAGAAAGUAAACAAAAAAGUUCCCCUAUCACGUUUCAAGCAAGUAGAAAACACAAAUUACAGUAUACUGCUUGGACAAUCACUAGGAUUCACCCUCGUCAAUAUUCAAGGUGCCGACAUAUGUGACGGCACGAAAACUCUAAUUCUCGGUCUUGUCUGGCAAAUGAUGCGUCAGAAUAUUAUUCAGACAUUAAUGAGCCUAUCGAAAGGAGGUCGCGAGCUCACCGAUCAAGAUUUAAUAAAUUGGGCCAAUGAUGUCGUGAAGCGUGGCGGAAAGACAACGCGAAUGCGUAGUUUCAAGGAUGAGUCAUUACGAAAUGGGAUUUUCUUUAUUGAUUUAUUAAAUAGUAUUAGGCCUGGCGUGGUUGAUUAUAGUUUGGUGACUCGAGGGAUUUCCGAGGAAGAUGCACAACUCAAUGCAAGAUAUGCAAUUUCAAUUGCACGAAAGAUUGGAACUACCAUUUUCUUAUUACCUGAAGAUAUUGUAGAGGUUAGACCUCGACUGAUACUCACUUUCAUUGGCAGUCUAAUGACUGUUGCUCAACAAAGUGGUGGACAAUAA